GGUUUGCUACAUAUGGUGCGAAAGACGUUCAACUUACACGAGUAUAUCAUGCAAGAGUAACAAUGCCCAUUAUUUACCCAGAAAAGUCUCUUUCAUUCUUAGGCGUCUGUUUAGGGAGGGUCCUGUGCAGGCAUGUUUGGCCAUUUCCCGUAGUGAGUGUUUGUAUUUGUGUGGGAGGAAGCCAGAGUACCUGGGGAAUACCCACACAUACAAGGGGAUAAUGCUCAAAGUUCCACACAGAUAGAUUCAGUAAUCCAUUUGUCCAUCGGUCUUUCUGUACUAUUGGGGCGUGUCAUCUCUGGCUAAGGUGAUCCAUAAUAUAAUUUUUAAGAAUCAGUUUGUAUCUCCCACAGUAAUUGCGUCUCUUCUUAGAGAUCAGGCUACUUUAAGUGACGUCUGCUCCACACAUUAGAGGGCAGCACUUAACUGUUAUUUAACAGUCUCUCUGUGUCUCUGUCUCUCUGUGCCCCAGUUCCCCCGAACGUCUCCCUGGAGUUGAACCCAUCCCAGUUGGUCGAGGACAUGGGGCUGGUGAUCGUGGCCACGUGCGUUGCUCGGGAAGGACAUCCCGCAGCCACCAUCACCUGGAGUGGCCUCGAUCAGGGCAGCUCCAAUGAGACCACAGAGACGGAGCUGGACGGCAAGGUGACGGUGAGGAGCGAGUACCGGAUGGAUCCCACGCACGAGAGCCAGGGGCGGACCCUCACCUGCGGGGUGGAGCACCUGGCCCUGGAGCCACCUCUAGUAGAGCUCUCGACCACCCUCGACAUCCAUUACAAACCAAAUGUGAGUAUCGCUGGCUAUGAUGGCGAUUGGUACGUGGAUAAGGCAGCAGCCUCGUUGACUUGUGAAGCAGACGCGAACCCUAACAUCAUGCACUACCUGUGGGACAGGUAAGGGACCGCAAGAAACUGUCAAUACAGCUACCUCUUGUUUUAUGGCGUGUAACUCAAAAUCGGUUGGAGUUAAGGAUAGAGCAGACUAUCGAACCCCAUUCUCACAUCCACAUAUUUCACCGGUUACCAUACAUUAUAUUUGCAAUACUACCAUACAUGUAUUACAGAUAGCAACAUCCUAUUUAAAUAAAAAAUAAAAAAUUAAACAACAUUUUUUGUACACGUAGUGAGACGUUUGAAUGUGGUGGCGUAACUGGGCCUUGUGGAGGGUAGGAGUUGAGAAAAUUGGUGGGAUUACUGGAGAGAGAGAGGGCAGGAUGAUGAUGGUAAUUGAGAUGAUGGUAAUGGAGAUGAUGGCAUGUUCGAAUGUGUGCAUCAGGAAAAGUUCACGUGGACAAGAUCUUCAAAAUAGCACGCGAGAAUGAGAUGCUGUUGCCGCUUCCCACGCUUGUGGUUGUUGUCAUACUGCUGCACCUCAGGCAGCAUUGCUACUGAACUUUGCUGCCUGACUAACGAUGAGCUCGCAAGCGUGUCCCGUACACCAUGGCCAACCCGGUAGAGCACGUCAUUUCAACGAUAGUAUGCGAAAAAUUAAAAUAAGUGUAAAUUAAUCAAACGCGCUAUUUCACAAUCGCGUUACAUAAACGCGCAUAAAACGCGAGGUGACUGUAGUUGCCAUUGUUACAGCCCUUUCUCAAACAGUUACUAGAUGUAGUUCUUCCACCCCCUAUUCCGUGUUUGUUAUGCAACAUGUUUUGCCAUACUGCUAGAUUGAAAACUAAUUUCUUUAGAACUGCUUGUGUUUAGUUUGUUCUCCUUGUCCCGCACCACAGAUUACCACGGUUGGCUACCAAUAUGGUCCAAAAAAAGUUUAACAUACAUACUGUACAUCUAAUUACAUUUCUCUUCGCAGUUUCUGCAGCAGUGUAAUCACACGAUGCUCACCGUGUGUCGUGCUCCCUGUGUUGUGGUGUGGUUGCUCUUAGGCAAGCCGGCUCCCUGCCCAACGGGACAGUUGUGAGCGGCAACUCCCUGUCCUUUGAGCGGCCGCUAGUGGAGUCAGACUCUGGGUCGUUCUCCUGCUGGGCCAAUAACUCUGUGGGCUGGGGCGAGGCGGUGGUUAUCAUUACCAUCCGGUCAGGUAUAACCACCGCUGCUACAACCACCGCUACUACAACCACCGCUACUACAACCACCGCUACUACAACCACCGCUACUACAACCACCGCUACUACAACAACUACAUCCACUACGCCCAUGGCAGCCACAACACCAGGUAUCAGCGCAGAUACAUCAGCAGCUGCUUUCCUUUUUUGACUUCCCACUGGGCCCCCACUGUUACAAAAGAUGCGUUGAUAACCAAAGAAACGAAUUGCUGCCCAAAAACUGAUGUCACCGUUUUUAAAACAGUAGCCCAAUUUUAAAGACAGAUGGGCGGAAAAAGCUCGCAACUGUGAAAUGCAAUUAGAGGAUGGUUUGUUUUUUUAUUAGUUGUGAAGUCUUUAAAUCAUGAGAACCAAUAACAAGCAUUACGGCAGGCCAGAAAAGCAAAUAGAUUUAACAAAACAAACACACACGGAGCAGUGUGUUGCAUGUACAAGGGCUCUCAAAAAACGUAUUCGAGACAAAAUGGCCACACGUUCAGUUCUUUUGAACCUGUGGUUUCGCAUCAUGCAUUGAGAGCUUUUAUACAUACAAUUCACAUUUUUGGGCUUUAAAAACUCAGAACAUCUCUUAAAUAUAAUUCAAGAUAUUAAGCUUAACCUUAAUGAAAAUCUUGUACAUUUUGAUGUGACUUCUUUGUUCACCAGAGUUCCGGUCAACAAGUAAAUUAAAUUACUCGAUACUCUGGAAACGAACACUGGUUUUGCCAAAGAUAUCCCACGACUAGCUGAACACCGUCUUACGAACACCUAUUUCUUGUGGAAAGAUUAUUUCUAUAAAAAGGAAGGAGCAGCAAUGGGCUCUCCUUUGUCUCCUGUGAUUGCAAAUUUAUACGUGGAAUUUUUUAAAGCAAAAACAAUAGCUUCAAGCACACUAAAACCCUUUGCUUGGUUUAGAUAUGUGAAUGACACACUGGUGGUCUGACCACAUGGCAAAUAUACACUUAAAGAAUUUCUAAAUCAUCUCAACUUGAAAACCCGCCCAUCUAGUUUUAAUUACUUGGUCAGUUUUAAUGUUCUUGUUAUUUAAUUUAGUUUUGGCAUUCACUGUCCUUUUGAUUUGUGCAUCAUUGUAACCAUUCAAUUUUAGAGUUGGUUUUGAUGUGUGGAUGACACAUUGGUGGUUUGGCCAC